CUGCGGGGCCGCUAGCGUCACACUCUGUUGUUGCGCCUCAGCAUCCCGCAAAUCUAAUGAUCGGCGCAAACCGAGAUGCAUGUCACGGCACAAUGAAUGCUGCUGGUUUGCAACGGAGUUUCACGCAAUCUGAACCACUGCGACAAAGCGUCGCUGCCAUGUCGCAGCAUUGCGGAUGUCGUUAACUCCGGUGCUUGAUCACCUUUUCAUAUAUGGCGCUCGGAUACUGUGCGUAGCAGCUGUACCCGUUAACACUUAAUCCAUAGCUGGAUUGACAUCUAUGAUACAGCCUUGCUGGAACUUUCCGUCAUGGAUGUGAAGAACCUGAAGGAUUACCUGCACUGGCUGUACUACCAGUACCUGCUCAUCACCAGCAUCUACGUCCUGGAGCCCUGGGAGCAGACGCUCUUCAACACGGUGCUCUUCACCAUGGUGGCCAUGGUCAUCUACACCUCCUACGUCUUCGUGCCCAUCCACGUCCGCCUGGCGCUGGAGUUCUUCUCUGGGCUGUGUGGCGGACAGCAGGAGAGCACGGUGGCUCUGAUCAGCUAGCGGCCUCCCGACCUCAGGUCAGGUCCGCCGCUGUGGCUCCUGCAGACACCAGGUGGGUCGAGUGUUCAGAAACAGGGAAUCGCCUUAACGCUAAGUAGCAUGUAAACGUGAGGAGCACUUUUAGCAAACACCUAAGGAUACCGGCUAAUUCUAUUUGACUCUGUUCCGGAUUCCGCUUCACUCUGCACGCUAACAUGUUCCCAAACGUGACUGGAUGUACGUUUAGCUGUAUGUUCUCUGUCCAGCCCCCUGUCCCCGCCGCGGGGGGGGGGGGGGAUCUCAAAGUCACGUUGAUGGUAAAUCGGCUUCCUAGAAACCUGAGUGUUCGGGGCUCCCCUGUGAUGUAACACUGCGACGGGCCACAUGCGGGAAUGCUGGUCUGCAUCUUCACACAUUAGCACGUUAGCCGGCUGCUCUGGUAGAUGAUUUUACCAUACCUACCGUAUUAAUAUGAUUAGAGGGUACGGGGGCUUCUGAAUGGUGGAUAAGUGAAUGAUACCAGACAGUACCAUAAAUGGGGGGGCAGAUUUUUUUUUCUCGCUGCAAAGGGCUGUGAAACUCACAAACAAGCCGCUUUUAUUCGAUAUUUACUGCUGACACGUACACACUGACUGAACGAUGAACACUAUGAAUUUAACUGUUGUAAAGCAGGCAGGCUUCGAUCUGGACAAAUAUUGACUCUGUUUUUGUUUGAGGUCUGGCCCGUCUGGGUUGCUAAGCAAAGAAUGUGCACAAUAUCUUUUGUUAAGCAUGAAUGCUGUCAAAGCCCGUGAUGUCACGGCUCACAUGACAUAUUCAGCUCCUCAAUCAUUUUCUUGGUUUUGUUAAGUGAAUAUUAAAAAAGUUGAAAACUACAUGGGAAGUCAAGAUGAUUAAAAAAUGCUAAUUUUUACCUAUUUCCUUUAUUCCAUUAUUAAAAUUGCCUUUGACAGUGGGGUGGUGGUCUUCUAAGUAUUUAUGCUUGAUAUUUAUAUACAAUAUGCUGAAAAAAAUUUGGCUAGCUUUUACUAAUUGCCAGUUUUUUUUUUUUUUUUGAGCAUUUACUUGUUGGCAUAUAUGUUUGUAAUAUGCUCUGUUGACUGAAAUUGCCAUUCAAUGAAUGUACUGUAAUCAUCCGAAGUCAAAAUGUUUAAGUAGGUUGAUUGAUGUAAGUGUAAAUUCACUGAAUUCAUAGUUUCAUACCACGUAUGUCGCCUGUGUAUAAAGUUACCAGUUUCUGUAAACAGCCCCUCCGCUUUCUUUUUACUAAUAAAAGUUGUUUUGCUAAUA